UCUAGGUUGAUGUUAUUUGCAUUGCUUAGCUACUGACGCGUACUCGAAGGCAACUAAUUGUUAUUUAUGGACUCUUAAAUGAAGUACCAUUUUCGUUUUGAAUUAACAUUUCAAAAACAAUGUUUUACCUUGUAGAGGACAUUUGGUUUUGGAGGCAGAAUGGCCCAGAUUAAUUAAUGUUGUUUUCGUAAAUUAUUUUAGGUAGCUAACGUUAGCACGGGGUAUUUUUCUUUCACAUAAGUUACUAGAUAGCUAACUAGCUAGGUAGUGGAUUUUCAAAGAAAACAUGAUGGAAUUGGAGAUAAUUCGUGCUCAACGCUCAUUGUAUUUUUUGUAGCUAGUGGUGCGCGGCACUGCUAGAUAGUAACCUUCAUUUCUAAGUGGCUAACGUUAGCUACAGUAUCGUUAGCUAGUAAACAACGUCGUUCGCCCUUAGUGUUUGACAAGGCAUUCCACACACAAAUUCUCCGGUCUUAACUUGAUACCAAUGCGUGGGAUGAUGGCUACACAGGGCAGCCCUGUCAAGACUUACGACUACCUCCUUAAGUUCUUGCUGGUUGGAGACAGUGAUGUGGGGAAAGGAGAGAUCCUAGACAGUCUGCAGGACGGAUCAGCAGAGUCUCCCUAUCCCUACAGCAGUGGGAUUGACUACAAGACUACCACAAUCCUGUUGGAUGGGAGAAGAGUCAAGUUAGAGUUGUGGGAUACGUCUGGACAGGGUCGAUUCUGCACAAUCUUCCGGUCAUAUUCACGUGGGGCACAGGGAAUCCUGCUAGUUUAUGAUAUCACAAAUGGCUGGUCGUUUGAUGGCAUUGACCGCUGGAUCCGGGAGAUCGAUGAGCAUGCCCCGGGGGUGCCCCGCAUCCUAGUAGGCAACCGGCUCCACCUGGCCUUUAAGAGGCAGGUGCCCACGGAGCAGGCCCGCGCCUACGCCGAGAAGAACGGCAUGACCUUCUUUGAGGUCAGCCCUCUGUGCAACUUCAACGUCAUCGAGUCGUUCACGGAGCUGUCGCGCAUCGUGCUGAUGAGGCACGGCAUGGAGAAGUUCUGGAGACCAAACCGAGUGUUCAGCCUCCAGGACCUGUGUUGCCGGGCCAUCGUCUCAUGCACCCCCGUCCACCUCAUCGACAAGCUGCCUCUCCCCGUGGCCAUCAAGUCCCACCUCAAGUCCUUCUCCAUGGCCAACGGAAUGAAUGCUGUCAUGAUGCAUGGACGCUCCUACUCCGUGGCCACCAAUGCGGCGGGCGGCAGCGGCGGCGUGAGCGGCAACAACAGCAGCAGCAGCAGCAAGGGAAACAGUCUGAAACGCUCCAAGUCCUUUAAACCGCCUCCGAGCCCCCCCAAGAGUAGUAGCAGCAAAAGUAACUGUAACAUCACCUAGGGAUGAACUUCUGAGGCUUCCCAUUGGGCCUAAUGCUAUUGCUGUAUGGGGCACUCAGGGGCCCCAAUUUGGAGCUGCAUAAACGCACAACAGGAACUGUAAGAGCUGUGAGUGAGUCCAAUAUGGCUUUCACUCUUUCUUAGCCCCCUAGCGCCAUCUUGUGGGUCGCCGUUAAACCUACAGCUACCACCCACUGUGACCAGUAGAGCUCGCUAGCUUGUAGUUCUAAAACCCAGAAGUGAGUUACCUCUGGUUCGUUCAGCCUUUCCUAUGGGGAAAGAAUAGGGAUUUGGGAUAAACACUGAGAAUAAGGUCUGAGGUUAACACAGGCUUAGGAGAUCUUAUACAGUACACUUUGUUCUAUGAGAUAAUAGCAGUCAGUUAACAUGACCUUUAUUCAUUAUGAAGCCUUUAUGCGCUUUUUUUAUUACAUAAAUGCAUCAAAAUUCACAAAGUGACGUUAGCUGAUGAAGAUGAUCUCCUAGAACAAAACGUAUAAGAUCUCCUAAGCCUGUGUUUACCACAGACCUUAUUCUCAGUGUUUAUCUAAAAACGACAGUCAUUUUCCCCAGUCCAUCGAACCGUGGCGGAGUUAGUGCCUACAAAAAGACAACAUUACUAUUUCUCUCCAUACAGCCUCUUGGACUUUAAACUGUGACGUCAUCACUCACCUUACUGUCAACACUACAACAGAGUAUGAGGACUCUGAACAGAUUCACCGGGUAUAUUUAAGUAAAGACUUAUUGUACAUACAUGGUAAUCGGUUGGCUUGUUUUCCAGUGGAUUUUUUUGCACUGACCUCUUCCGUGAUUCGUCUUGAAUGUUUUGGGAGUUUGUGUUUGGGAUUGUGUUAUUAUGCCUGUCCGUUGACUUUGUCCCUCUUCAAUACUUAUAGCCUAUGUCUGGGUCGUGUUCAUUAGGGCAUGCGAUGGAAAACAUUUUGCAGCGGAAACCGAAAAUUUGAGCGUUUCUUAUUGAACAAGCUCAGGUUGUCCUUUCUUGUUUGUCUUUUUUAUUUUCAUUUGCUGCCUACUGAACAUGACCCUGGUUUGAUAUGGCUCAGAAACACAUUGAGUGAUUAUUCUUUCCAAAUCACACGGAUUUGCCAACAAAUAGAAACUUAAAAUAUUGAAACUGCAGCUAACCUUUUUUUUUUUUUUUACUCUCUGCACUCUGACAAAGUUUUCGUGUGUGUGUGUCUCUUUUAAUGUUACC